AUGUCGCCGAACACAGCUCAGGACGACAUUUCGGUGGGUGAUGUGUUUAGCCCACAGGCUGACAUGUGCCACUCAAAAGCCGAAGACCACUUCAAUGCCGCCAGCCAGCAGACCGGCUUUCGAAUGACUGCGCGCAGCCCGGAACGAAAGCCUUGUCUGGCAAUCAACGAACGCGCCCCUUUCACGAAGUUAGGCGCGAACCCCCUGACUGCGAAAGGUAACCGGCGUAAGAAAAAGAAGAAGCAGGCUGAAGUUCAGGCGACGCCGGCUCUAUCUACCGUUCAUGGAUUUACCCCUCGUGGUUCUGGCGAUGAAGACUCGGACUUCUCAACAACAAGCUCUUGCGCGCCUAGUGCUCAAUCGCGUGUCUUGGCUGGCAGUAAUGGUGCUAGCCCUAUGCUGCAACCGGUUUCUGGCGGCGGUAUCAGUGCUCUACGACUACAGCUCGAUUCCAUGAAUUUGUCUGGGAACUCCCUUCGCCGUAAAGCUACUGAUGGUCUUUGCACCGCAACACCUAGCAACGCCAGUGUGUAUUCUGACAGCGACGAGACUGAGAUUCUGACUAGCUAUGAGGUGCCCUUGGACCACGACUACGUCAGUGCCGAUGCUGUUGCGGAGGAAAAGAAGCAGGAAGAGCAAUCCAAGAAUACCAUGCAAACCCAGGAUGUCCGCAACCAGCUUUGCCGCAAGAUGACCACCGACGAUUUUGAGCCUCUGCUUUGUUUGGGUAAAGGAUCCUUCGGUACCGUGUUGCUGGUGCGCCACGCUCUCACUGGAAAGCUUUACGCGCAGAAACAGUUCAAGAAGGCCUCGAUCACGGUUCAUAAGAAACUUGUCGAACAGACCAAGACCGAGCGUACGAUCCUGGAGAGCGUCAACCGACACCCGUUCGUUGUCAAACUCUUUUAUGCCUUCCAGGACCACGAAAGACUGUACCUUGUCCUCGAAUACGCCCAAGGUGGAGAACUUUUUACCCACCUCGCAAUGGAACGCAUGUUUGAUGAAGAUGCUGCGGCAUUUUACAUGGCUGAGAUGGUCCUAGCCCUGGAACAUCUCCACCAGAACGUCGGCGUUAUUUAUCGCGAUCUUAAGCCCGAAAACUGCCUCCUCGACCACGAAGGUCACCUCCUUCUGACCGACUUUGGCCUCAGCAAAAUCGCCGUUGACGAUGAUGACCGCUGUAACUCCUCCCUCGGCACAAUUGAAUACAUGGCCCCCGAAGUCAUCCAGGGCAAACCUUACGGCAAAGCAUGCGACUGGUGGUCCCUUGGCGCCCUCGGAUACGAUCUCCUCACCGGUUCACCCCCAUUCAAGGCAAACAACCACGCUAAGCUCCAGGAGAAGAUUCUCAAGCAGAAGCUCGUUCUGCCCUACUACCUGGGGCCAGACGCAAAGGAUCUUCUUACACGUCUCCUUCGCAAGGAGCCCUCCAAGCGCCUGGGUUACCACAUGCCCAAGGACCUGCAGACAAUCAAAUCUCACCGCUUCUUCCGCAAGAUCAAUUGGCGCGCUCUCGAACGCCGUGCCCUAACACCACCCAUCAUCCCGGUCGUCACGGACCCAGCCCUUGCAGAAAACUUCUCUACGGAUUUCACUGCCCUUCCGUUGAGUCCCGUCGAGGGACCCUCGUUCUUUAGCGACUAUUACGUCUCUCACCACCGGGGCAGCGGUAGCCACUCGGGUAUGGGCAUAGGUAUGCCGAACGGUCGCGACGGCGCUGAGCAUGAUAGCAACCCAUUCGGCGGGUUUAGUUUCGUUGCACCUAGUAGUCUGCUGGAUCAUGCUGGCGGCGGGAAUGGAGCGAGUCCGAUGGCUGCGGGUUAUUGA